GGCGGGCGAGGUUGCACCUGGCCAGCACCUGGCGCUUGCUCGGCGACAGACGCCAGACACGGGCUGCGCGCACCUGGCCAGCUCCUCUCUUCCUGCCCCUCGCCCACCGCCAUGGACGGGCCCUGCGCCCCUGUGAUGCCGGACUACUUCAAGAACAACAUCUCGGAAAUCAGCACGAAGCUGCUGGGUGAAUACUUCUGGUACAAGGGCAUCCCCUUCCCCGUGGGCCUCUACUCACCCGAGAGCAUCAGCCAGGCCGAGAACACCCAGGACGUGUGGGAUGACGACAUCUUCAUUGUCACCUACCCCAAGUCAGUCUCCCCCAAUAGGUACCUCCUGGAUGAUCGAGAUCCUCAGCCUAAUCCUGAAGGAUGGGGAUCCCACCUGGAUACGCUCGGUGCCCAUCUGGGAGCGUGCGCCCUGGUGUGAGACCAUCAUGGGCGCCUUCAGCCUCCCGGACCAGCCCAGGCCACGCCUCCUGAGUUCCCAUCUCCCCCUGCACAUCUUUCCCAAGGCUGCCUUCAACUCUAAGGCCAAGGUCAUCUACCUCGCCCGGAACCCCCGCGACGUCCUGGUAUCCUUCUACCACUACUCCAGGAUUGCCCGGCAGCUGAAGGACCCUGGCACGCCGGACCAGUUCCUGCAGGACUUCCUCAAAGGCCAAGUGCAGUUUGGUUCCUGGUUCGACCACAUUAAGGGCUGGAUUCGGAUGCAGGGGAAAGAGAACUUCCUGUUCCUCACCUACGAGGAGCUCCAGCAGGACCUCCACAGCUCCGUGCAGCGCAUCUGUGAGUUCCUGGACCGGCCGCUGGGCGAGGAGGCGCUGGGCUCCGUUGUGGCGCACUCGGCCUUUGGCGCCAUGAAGGCCAACACUAUGUCCAACUACACGCUGCUGCCCCCCAGCCUGCUGGACCACCGCCUUGGGGCCUUCCUCCGCAAAGGGGUUAGCGGCGACUGGAAGAACCACUUCACAGUGGCGCAGAGCGAGGCCUUCAACCGCGUCUACAGGGAGCAGAUGCAGGAGAUGCCAGCCUUCCCCUGGGACAAGGACCUGGGGGACUGUGGCCUGGACCCAGAGCUUGAGCCUGAGAGCAGCCCUGGCUCCAGUGAGGACUCCAAACCCCCCCACUAGUGACCCUGAAAAUAAAUGCUUUGCCGAA